AUGAAAAGCUUUUUUCAAAAAAACGAACGUAAGUAUUUGAGAAAGAAAUCAGCAUUAGUCUAGGACUAUAUGCUGGCAGGUAUAGGGGUUGUUUCAAUUGGAUUGUUUUGUAAUUACUAUAAUAAUAAACUAAAUCCUCCUGACCCAGAAGAAGAUACUGAUUAAACAGAAGUUUUAUAAAAAAUAGGAAUCAAAGAUUUAUAUUAAAAUAAAAUUUUAAAUGCGUUGAGAGUAGAUUUUAUUAUUAAUUAUCUUAAAAUUAACCAUAAUAAUAAUUCUAGGCCCAAAGAGGAUCGCAGUAUCUGCAAGAAGAAUAAAUUAAAAAAUUAGAAAAAGAAUAUAAUGAAAAGAAAGUAAAAGUGCUUUAAGAAGAUAAUACAAAAAAAUGAGGAUGGAUUUAAAUAAUUUAAUUUACAAAAAUAUUAGUUAAAACUUCAUUUUUAUUUGCUUAUGAAUUUUUGUAAAAAUGUUUAAGCUAAAUAAAUAAAUAAGCCAAUAUCAAAUAUAAGUAAAAAGUUGUUGUUUAAAAAUAAUUUUUAGCCUACUUUUAAACAAAUAUUUAAAGAAAAUCAUAGCAUAUAUAAAUUUACAGAACUUUAAAAUUGUAAAAGUAAAUUAUUCUUCUAAGAAAUAAAUUUAUUUUGA